UUACAGGAAACGUAGUGGCUUUGCAAAUUAGUACAGCAAACUAGUGUGGUUAACACCUUGGCCCGGGCAGAGAGCACGUCUGUGCCGAAGUGAGAUAAUGUUCCACAGAUUGUUCUUCACCCUUGUCUCCGUUGGCUUAGCAACGUGUUUCUUUCUUAUUGUUGCUGUCCAAAUUAGCACUGCACGGUUGACGGAUGCAAGGAAUCGUCUUCCACUAGAGAACGUGCAUCGCGCUACACAGAGGGAGACUUUGCAGGUAACAAAAGACAAGAAACACCCAUGGAAACAAACUACGCACUUGGGAAUGACGAAUGAUGUCAUACUCGAAAUGACCAAGUCCAUCCAGGAUGACGUCUCGUCUGUGCUUGCGCGAGAAAGACGCGAUGUUCCCAAGCAAAAACGCAAAAAUGGAAAGCGCAAGCACCGCAGAAGAAGGAAGAAAAAGUCAAGAGGAAGACGAAAUGUGAAUGCGACGAACACCAGGGUGCGAGGAUUUCACUGGGUACCAAACACUGUACGAAUUCCUCACGGUAGCUGUCAACAAAUGUGGGAUGCCACGGUGUGUGGAAACAAGACACUGAUAACGACAACGUCUAAUUAUGUCUUACGAUUUUGGACGCGUCCCAAAACCAAGAUACCAGACCGUUUCGCUUUUGAAGAGAAUGAAACGAGUAUACUUCCAUCGGGAGAGACGUGGGUUUUUCAGACCGGCUUGUACCAGCUGUACGCUCAGAUACUUUUUCUAGAUGAUUGGUUUCGAACGGCAGUUUCUAUCGACGUGAACGGAAAUUCCACGUUUAAAUGCAUUAAUGACGUUGGCGCCCACGUGCCGGGAAGACGUCAUGGUCACUUUUACAAUACAUGUGCUAUAAACGCGGUGGUAUACCUGAAGAGAAAAGACAAACUCGGGGUGAAGAUUCUGUAUGAUCAGUCCAUCAUAGACCUGCAUGCGGAUUCCACCUACUUUGGAAUGGUUCUUCUGUCGUCAUGAAAAGACAAUCUCUCUGAGAAGACUUUUCAGAGAGUGUAUGGUGCAUUUCCCCACAUCUGCAUUCACCACUGUACAAGCGAAAUAGAAACACUUUUAAACCACACAACCACCUUCAAAAUAGUACCUUUUAUUUUUUCCUUUCAACAAAUUGCCUCUAAAACAUCGAACACUGCUGUGGUAUAUUUAGACUCAAUAUCAGUGACGUCAAAUCAUCAUAAUUUCUACCUGAAAUAAUUUGUUUCAACAUUAAUUCGGCGAAUGCAGUAAAAGCUCCAUUUUUGCAUAAGCAUCUUGAAAGCAGAAGUGUAUCAGUCUGUAUGAUUGUAUGAAGUACAAAAAGCCUUAUGUGAAGUCUCUGGUCACGAUAUGGCCCGAAAUGACCACCAUAGAAUGCAAUGUCUCAGUAGCAUUUUA